CGGUGAGGACUGCUUAACCAUGAGGGUGUAAACAAACUGUACAAGAGCUCCAGCUCGGUGUUAUUUCGUGCACGCUUUAGCUUUCUAUUGAAAUUUGAGGAAUUAAUCUUAUUUUUCGGGUACGGAUGGAGAUAUUUGGAAGCACAUUUGACGACUCGGUGUUCUUAGAGGCGAAAGACCGAGUGACUGUGGCUCUGUCUUCUUAUAACGCCAAACUAUGUGAACCAGAAUGGUUUUGUGAGAGUACUGCUCUUGAUACAGAAGAUCCUUUGGAGAAGCAGAAAGUCUAUAAGUUCAGAGGGGACUUGGCUGUGAGACAGGGGGACCAUCAGAAAGCCUUGGAUGCAUACAGCAGCUGCUUGGAGUGGAUCGCUGACAACAACCUGACCAUCAGAAGAGAUGUACUGGAGGGAUUGGCCCGAUGCUGCACCAAACUGGGACUGAGAGACAAGGCGCUGGACUUUGCCGACUUACUGAGCAAAGAAGCCUCCAACACCUGUCACAUGACCAGCCUCCUGCUGCUCAAGGUCACCAUAUACCAGCAUUUUGGAGCCAUCAGAUCAAAGAUGACGUGUCUGCAGCAGCUGUGUAGCCUGCUGCCCUUUAACCCCUGGCACUGGUACAACCUGGGACAGACGAGUCUGCAGCUGCUGGAGAGCAACACGACCACAGGACCGUGUUCCCCACAGAGGUGUGAAUCAGCAGCAGAGCAGAAUGAUGGAGAAACUGAGGAACAACAGGAUAAUGACGCAGCAGAGCUGAAGGAGGACAGUCUCUGGCUGAAAGCUUGCAUCUGUUUCAUCAGGACGAGACUCCUGUUGAGAAUCCUUCGACAGCAGCAGUCCUCCUUUGUGUUGCAGCGCACUGAAAGCACCCUUCAGAGUACAGAUGAGGUGUUACAGAGGCUCAAACCUAAAGAAACAACCCUGCAGGCUCUCAUGGAGGUGAUGUCAGAGGACCUGGUCCCGGAUAAGAUGAGAGAGGACUACCAGGACGGGGAGAGUCUGACCAGUGUGUGUGUGCAGAGCUUCAGAGAGCGCUGGUGGAAAAAGAUCUUACUGACUGGAGUGCUAGACACUGAUGGACGACAACAUCAGACACAGACGGACACAAAGUCCUGAUGCUGCUAUGAUGCUCGUUUACAGAGAGGCUGGCACUGAAGAACAUGCUGAACGUCCUGUGAUUGUAAAAAUCUCAUCAAAAGAAACAGACUUGAUGAACUGAAAGUCAGAUUACACUCUUGAAAACAGAAGUGGACAUUUCUUAUAUCAUAACAAGUCUC